AUGACAUGGGGCGUUUCCUCCUAUAACAUUAUGCAUUCACAAGAUGUGCCUCCUAAGUAUUAUACGCACGAUGAAGAGGAAAAGAAAAACUGCACAAUUAUAGGUAGCAAGAAAAGGAGUCCACGUGAACAGGAAUGUUGCAAAUUUACACUAGACAACACCUACCUGGUCAUAGUUAAAUUUUUUGUUUGCGUCACUUUAGCAUGGAUACUAUGGACACCAAGUAAUUGUACUGCAUGUAUAGCGCCGAAUGAGGAACAUCAUUUAGAGAACCAAAAACAUUUUCCAUCUGCGGGAAGAUCAUUAUCAUCAUUUGGAGGAGCAUAUGAUGGAAGUGGCGACUCGUUGUUGAGUGGGGGUAUCCCUUCAGUGGUCAAGGGAAGUACCUGUUGGUUGCUGAGUGGAGAUAUCGAUUCGUCGCUCGACGGAAGUACCUAUUCCUCGCUGUGUGGAGGUAUUGAUUCGCCGCUCAACAGAAGUACCUAUUCCUCGCUGAGUGCAAGUAUCGAUUCAUCGCUCAACAGAAGUACCUAUUCCUCGCUGAGUGCAGGUAUCGAUUCACCGCUCAACAGAAGUACCUAUUCGUUGUGUGGUGGAAGCAUCACAUCACUGCAGAGCGAUGCGACCAGAGACAACCCAUACUUAACAGUGUACUACAGAAUAGCCAACUCAAAGAAGCUAAAGGAGCUUGUCGACUACGUAUCAAGAAGGAUAAUGAGAAACAGAAUUUGUAGAAAAAUUAUGGGCAAGGUAAAAAACAUAUGGAAAAGUAAGCCGAUAAAAGUAGUAAGAUUUGUACUUCCCUUUUUACCAUUGAUUACCAUGAUGAUGGCGUCGGUUAUCACAUUGUGCAUGGGACUCAGUAUACAAGCUAUUUUCAUAGCCAUUUUCGCCCCCUUUGCUUACCCACUUAUUUUUAUAUCGUUAAGAACGGAUAAAAAAUAA